GCUUCGGACAAACGCAAUUCUCUCCUGGCGAAAGUUUCGCGACUCUUUCACUUGCUUUCCCGCUCCCGCCUGGUCUCUCUUCAAUGGCGAGCGAAGCUCGUUCCCUUCCCCAUCUGCUAGUUCUACCGCGCAAUUACAGGUCAAUCGUUCAGAUCGCUCCCCGAUUCAUUUCGUUCUCCGCAAACUUUACGGUUCUCUUCCUUGUUGCCUCGGCCAUCUCCUCCUCUCUCAGAGUUUCAGGUGAUGGAUGCUCUGAUAAGGAGAAAACAUUAGCCAUUGUAAAACCAGAUGGAUUUUUGGGUAACUAUACGAAUACGAUAAAGGAAAUUAUUCUGGACUCAGGCUUCAGCAUAAGCAUGGAAAUGAUCACUCAACUUAAUGAGGAAACUGUGAAAAUUUUUUAUGCUGAGCACUCAGCAAAAAGCUUCUUUCCACGACUUCUUAAAUACAUGACAAGUGGCCCAGUUCUUGUUAUGGUUCUGGAGAAAGUCAAUGCCAUUGCAGAUUGGCGUGCUAUGAUUGGACCAACUGAUGCACACAAGGCUAAGGUUACCCAUCCAAACAGCAUCAGAGCCAUGUGUGGGCUGGAUUUAGAAAGAAACUGUGUUCAUGGUUCAGACUCAUCUGGGUCUGCUACUAGGGAGAUAUAUUUCUUCUUUAAGGAGACUUCUCCAGGGGUUUUCUCAAAGCAUGACGAAUUGUAAAUGGUUGCAUAUGGAGAAGAACUAUGUGCCUUGUAUGGACAUCUACAGCCUCUUUUAAUGAUGCAACUCUCCUCAAACGAAAUAGUUCAGUACUGUGUCCUCAUAAUGAACCGGAGGAUGAAGUACCUGAGUUUGUAUUUAGCAUAUACUUUGUUUUUUUUUACCAAAUUUCAUUUUCCUCCUCAUUUUUUUGUUUGUUUGUUUUUUCUUUGUACUGACAGACAAGCUGGUUUCUGAUGUCAAAUCCCAUGUGGAAUUAUCUGAAAUCUGAGUCUUGUAACUGGUAUGUAAUUAUGUAAAUGGAAUUCUUAAUUUG